ACUGGUAUAUGAGCAAUUAAUUCAUAGGGUUAAAAUAACUACUGCUAAUUAUAAUUAUCUAUUAUAUUACUGUACUAGUCUGUGAUUUUGUUUUUUUAGGAAAAUUUUAGAAAACAGGUACGUACUACUAAAACCCCAUGGAAUAGUUCUCAUCCUCAAAAAGCUUGGUCGGUCGUUUGUUCGGCCGGGGGGCAGGCGGGUGGGUGUACGCACGUACUGUACGUAUGUAUUUAUGAAUAUCUGGCUUAUAUUUAGUAGGACAAGCGAAACAGAAAAAUAGUGGCAAAAUAGUGGAGUUCAAAAACCCAAAAUGAAGUCCAGGGUCUGAAAACUUCUAAUAUCAUGUGCUUCACAAUAUGGGAAGGACUGAGGUCCAGCUGAAGUCAUGAAAACCAACAAAUCAAAUAUAUCUAGAAAUAGACAGCAUGUUAAAACCAACUUAGAUAAAAGCAAUGUAGCAGGAUGAAAUGGGCUGCACCUGCUACACAGGUGUUGGCAAUCCUCUGGAUUGCCAAAAGGGUGUGGUGGAGCCUAUAAAAGGCAGAGUUGCUUUGUGCCUGGACACUGCACUCUGAAGACGGGAUGCCGCACUGUACUACAGGUUCCAGGCCCAGUCAGUGGGACACCUGAAACCUGGUGUAUGGAAUGGUGGCACCAGGGUGUCUUAAGGGGGCUUAUCUAACUCAUAAGAAAACUGUCUUAAAAUAUAAACAAAAAAUAAGGCAAUUUGGUUAAACAAGAAUACAGAGACAAGAUAAGUUAAUCGAAUACAUACCCUUUUUAAUUUACAAGGUAGUGACAGACUUCAAAGAAAGAAUAGUCAAAUGUGGAAUACGAAGACAAAGUCCAGAAUCUUUGAAUCUUUAUACCACUUUUGGGUGUUGCUGUUGGGUGAGUGCUUCUUGCCUACUUUAAAACUAUUAAAUAUGAUACAUUUCAUUAAAAAAAUGUCUUCAUACAUCAUUUUUAAAUAUGUCACUACAGUAAGACAGUGAAAGAACCCGGGGGAACAGGUUUUUAUCUCUCUAGGGUGUUUCCUUUACCAAGAAUAGCAAAUAAUUAUGGUUCCCAUUCCCAUCUUAAAGGGUGGAAUGUGAAAACCUGAUUUGUCACUUUUUGGUUUUUAGCUUCAUAUGAAACAAAAUCUCAUUGCAGAACUUUGUCAGUUUCAGAAGCAGGCAAAGUGGUGAAGGUAAGUACAUGGUAGACAGGUACACUGGUUUCUAUUUGCAGGAUCCCUCGUCUAAUGUCUGAGUUCAUUUUCAAGUAAAACUCGCCAUGGAGAUGAAAGUUUUCCUUCUUGUGCUGUUGAAGUUGGCAAUUUCCAUUACAGGAUUCAGUCCAAUCGAAGUGGAAAUUAUUGAUCUGACAGAUGAAACAAAAGUAAACAAUGAUUCACUGCACGAUGACAUCCUUGAGCUUCCAUUUCAAAGAAGUACCCUUAUUGGAAAUGAUGAAACUCGUUGGACAUCUCCAGUCCCAUAUGUCCUAAACAAAAGCCUUGACUUGAAUGCUAAAGGAAUCAUCCUGAGAGCUCUUGACCAGUUCAGGUUAAAGUCCUGUAUUGACUUCAAACCACGAGAUGCUGAGGUGUAUUACAUCUCCAUAGAAAAUUCUUACGUUGGGAGACGAGUUAAAAAUGGUCAGGUUUUAUCCAUUGGUGCAGACUGUGAUUCUAUAGCUGUUGUUGAACACGAGAUUCUUCACGCUCUCGGCUUCUUCCACGAACAGUCCAGAUAUGACAGAGAUGACUUUGUGACCAUUGUAUGGGACAACAUUAUUUCAGGUAAAGAGCACAAUUUUGACAAGGUUGGCAGUGAUGUAAGUACCACACAUGGAACACCUUACGACUACAUGUCAGUGAUGCACUACAACAAAGAUGCUUUCAACAAUGGAAAUGGCUCUACCAUCAUCACCAAAGACCCCAAAUUCCAAAAUGUAAUUGGUCAAAGGCUGGAGAUGAGUUACUACGAUGUUCAGGAGUUAAACCGUCUCUACAAUUGCAAUUCAACUAUAGCCUUUAACAUGUACUGUGGCUUUUCUAAUGGAACCAUGUGCAGAAUGGAUCGUUGUUCAAAGGGCAACAUCAACUGGGAAGUGGUAACACAAGUUUCCGGAGGUCCAAAUUCUGAUCACACAACUCUGCCCAGUGGAAGCAAAAACUACAGUGGAGAAGUAGGCUACUUCAUGCAUGUUAGCACAGCCACAGGUCAGGAGGGAGACACAGCACAACUGGAAACUCAGAGGAUGACUCCCAAAAGAGACUGUCAUAUCCAGUGUCUCCAGUUCUACUAUUACCACAGUGGAAAUGAGUCUGAUGUUCUCAACAUCUGGAUCAGAGAGUUUGAGAAUGAACAGGACUCAACAGGAACCCGACGCCUCAUAGGGCAGAUCACUGGUUCCCAAACAUCUCACUGGAGGCUUCAUCAUGUUUCCUUAAAUGCGUCUAAGAGCUUCCAGGUGGUGUUUGAAGCUCAGAAAGGAGCAGGACUUUCUACAGGAGGCUUCUCAGUUGAUGACAUCAAUCUGUACGAGACUGAAUGUCCACAUUUACCACUGCAGAUUGAUGACUUUGAGAGAGUGCUGAAGACUAGUGUCUCAGGAUCCCGCAUAUACAGUUCACGGCAGUACUCCAGUGAGGGUUAUGCUUACCGGUUUGCUGUUAUAUUUUAUAAGACAUAUUUUGGACUGUUCGUGCAACUCUUGUCUGGUGAUUAUGAUGGUCAGUUAGAGUGGCCUUGUUUAGGAAGACAAAUAUUCUUUCAAAUGCUGGAUCAGACUCCCAACAUUCAGCAGCAGAUGUCAAAGCGGUCGAGUUUCACCACAAGUGGAAAUGAUCCCUCUGCUAGGUGGAACAACCCUCGUGAGACUGGAACUCAGCAGUUUGUAGAUGAGAAUAAUCAAGCAGUCUAUGGUGGACCACUUAUAGGUUUCGGAUCUUUUGCUAUUUUGGAGAAAACACAAGAUGGAGAGUUUCUCAAAGGAGGAAGUGCUGUCUUUGCUCUUAACUUUCAAGAUCUCAAUCCACUACUAAAUGGAAGUUCUCUUGCAUGUCCUCAAGUAAGACCAAUAAACUUUACCCCUUAUCCCACCAAUGACGAUGGACGCCCAUGUUCAUGGACAACAUCAAGUGCUCAAUUUCCCAUGACUACACCUUCAUCCACCAAUGGACCAUUUGUACACAACUCCACUAAAUAUCCCUCAACUUCACCAAAUCCUACUGAUAAAGUUGAUGACAGGACAACAUCAAAUACUCUAUUACCCAUAACUACACCUCCAUCCACCAAUGGACCAUAUGUUCACAGCACAACUAAAUUUCCCUCAACUCCACGAAAUCCUACUGAUGACAGGACAACACAAAGAACUCCAUUUCCCAUGACUACACCUCCAACACAACCAAAUCCUACUGAUAAUUUUUAUGAUGGGACAACAUCAAGUACUACAUUUCCCAUGACUGCUCCUCCAGGAACCAGUGGACCAUUUGAACACAAGACCACUAAAAACCCCUUAACUUCACCAAAUCCUACUGAUGAAGUUCAUGACGGGACAACAUCAAGUACUACAUUUCCCAUGACUGCUCCUCCAGGAACCAGUGGACCAUUGGUACACAAGACCACUAGAAACCCCUUAACUUCACCAAAUCCUACUGAUGAAGUUCAUGAUGGGACAACACCGGGAACUCCAUUCCCCAUGACUACACCUCCACCCACCAAUGGACCAUUUGUACAUAACACAACUAAACUUUCCUCAAGUUCACCAAAUCCUACUGAUGAAGUUGAUGACAGGACCACACCAAGAACUAAAUUCCCCAUGACUAGGCCACCAGUCACCAAUGGAUCAUUUGUCCACAACACAACUGAAUAUUCAUCAACUUCACCAAGUCGGCCAGAUAGGGAUGACGACAGCAUCUUUUGCCACUCGCCUGACAUGAUACCCUCUGUCACCAUCAUCUUCCUCCUUGUCCUGAUGAUUCUGGCGCCUUAAUGUGGAUGUUUUUCACUUUUUAUAUGAUUAAAGAAUAAGGUGAUUAAAUCAAUUCAGUCUGGAAUUUGUAUGGUUUAAUUGCAAUAUUAAAAGAUCCUUCUAUCAGGAACAACAAACACUGACAUAAAAGAAAAAUGAUAUUGAUAAGAAGGUGGAUAAUUUUUUUUUUUUUUUUUUAGAUAAUCAGUUAAUAGAUUUGUAUCAACUGCGAAAUGGAAAGCAUAAAACUAGAAUAAGAGUCAUUUACAUAAGAAGUUAGUUUCUUUUUAGCCAUAAAUUUGUGGCCAGUUGUUUCAAAUUUUGAAAACAUUUUUAAAUAGAAGUGAAAGGGUAUUUUUAAUUUGUAAAUGAUGUAUGGGAGAAAAAUUCUUAAGCUUCUCCACACAUAACCUUAGCUUGUUACUUUUUCAUUUAUGUAAGAUCGAUUAGAAAGGGAUGUUACGCAAUUUUUUUUUUCACUGUGAUUCAUCAGACACUUGAUGCUGAAUGAUUUUCCUGAUAUAAAUAUGGUGUUCAUGGGGAUAGAUUUUUAAACGAUGUGGCUUACUGAGCCCUGAGCAGUUUUCAUUGAACUAUAGCCUAAGAUAAACACUGACUUAUGAUAACAGUUGGAAACUUUCACAAAUGUUUGUUGUGUUUUACUGAAAAUCUUAUGAACAAAUAAAUAUAUGACAAAAAAUUGUAAAAACUGUGUGGUCUUUGAACAUAAAUGAAUAUAUUUUACUAUGUACAACUUUCUUCAGCACUGUAUAAAUGCUAACACUACUGACACAAUGAUCAGAUUGGUCUU